AUGCAUUUUCUUGGUCGUAUUCAUCCUUUUUAUGCAAUUAAGAGUAAUCCUAAGAAUUUCAUCACUGAAAUUAUUGCUGAAUUGGGUGGUAGUUUUGAUUGUGCUUCAUUUGAAGAACUCAAUCUAGUACGUGAAACAUGUGGUAAUAAUUUUGAUUAUGCUACACGUAUUACAUUAAUAUCAGAACCUGGUCGUUAUUUUUCAUCUGGAGGUAUGACAUUACUUACUGGAAUUAUUGCUCGACAUGUUCACAAUCGUGAUUAUAAAUCGAAUGAAAAAAUGAUGAAACGUAAAUGUAAUAUUUCUAGUACAUCAAAUUCAUCAAAAGAUAAUGCUGAUGAAAAUUCGAAAUCUGUAAAAGCAAUUAUUGAAAAUGCUGAUUAUAUUUAUUAUAUUAAUAUUGGUGAUGUUUUAUGGUUUCCAGAUGUUGGUUCAAUUUAUUAUGCAACAUUAAAAUCUAUAGACAAAUUGAUCGCGAUAAAAAAAGCAUUAGCACGUUUUGAUCAACAACGUGAUCGUGAUACAGAAAUCUUACGAACAGUUACUGAAAAUUGA